AAUGCAUACAGUGCAUCGUACACACCAACACACUCCUCUCCUGCAGCUGUCGCGCGGCAGACAGCCUGAUGCCAUGACCGAGGACACAUCCAUCCUCUGCUGAGAACUAUGCGCUGCCGGCUGAGCCCUGCUGGAAUGAACCGAGCGAGAGGGGCUUUCAAGGCACUCACCUGUGGAUUUGCGCCGUCAAGAUGCCUUUUUUGACCAAACCUCUGAUUUUACUUCUAUGCCUGGUUGUUAGCGGGGAAUGCCGCAAGCACGGCCACCGGGUACGGAGAUGGACCGGCACCGUGGAGACCCAAAAGCAUGGCACCUCCUUGGCAAAGAAGCCUCCAGAUGUAACCAAGUCUCGCAAAACAAAGACGGAGCAUCUGCUCAAAGUCGACGAUCACGAUUUCACCAUGAGGCCAGCAUUUGGAGGGCCCGCCAUCCCUGUUGGAGUGGACGUUCAGGUGGAGAGCUUGGACAGCAUCUCGGAGGUUGAUAUGGACUUCACCAUGACUCUGUACCUGCGGCACUACUGGAAAGAUGAGCGCCUGUCCUUCACCAGCAGCACCAACAAGAGCAUGACGUUUGAUGGCCGUCUGGUGAAGAAGAUCUGGGUCCCUGAUGUCUUCUUUGUCCACUCUAAGCGGUCCUUCAUCCACGACACCACCACGGAUAACAUUAUGCUGCGUGUCUUUCCUGACGGACACGUCCUGUACAGCUUGAGAGUGACGGUGACAGCCGCCUGUAACAUGGACUUCAGCCGCUUUCCUCUGGAUUCUCAGACCUGCUCGCUGGAGCUGGAGAGCUAUGCCUACACAGAUGAAGACCUGAUGCUCUACUGGAAAAGCGGUGAUGAGUCUCUCAGUACUGAUGAUCGCAUCUCCUUAUCACAGUUCCUCAUCCAGAAGUUCCACACCACCUCUCGCUUGGCCUUCUACAGCAGCACAGGCUGGUACAAUCGUCUCUACAUCAACUUCACGUUGCGACGCCACAUCUUCUUCUUCCUCCUGCAGACAUACUUCCCUGCCACCCUUAUGGUGAUGCUGUCAUGGGUGUCGUUCUGGAUCGACCGCCGGGCUGUGCCGGCCAGGGUGUCCCUGGGCAUCACGACGGUGCUGACCAUGUCCACCAUCAUCACCGGAGUUAAUGCGUCCAUGCCCCGGGUGUCCUACAUCAAGGCGGUGGACAUUUACCUGUGGGUCAGCUUCGUCUUUGUCUUCUUGUCUGUGUUGGAGUACGCGGCCGUCAACUACCUGUCCACCGUCCAGGACCGCAGAGAGCGCAAGAGGAGGGAGCGGGCGCGAUCUCAGUCACUGCCCUGCACCUGCGGGAUCUCCCAGACGCGGACCAUGACCAUGUUGGAUGGGACGUACAGCGAGGCCGACACCAACAGCCUAGCCGGCUACACCGAGGAGCCCAUGGGGCCCGAGGAGGAGCAGGAGGAGCUCCACGAGGUUCCGGAGAAACCCGAACACAUGGUGGUCCACCUGUCAGUGAGCAGCGAGUCCACCACCACCAAGAAAAAGAAGAGCCUGCGCGCCCUCAACAUCAUCCAGAACACGCACGCCAUCGACAAAUACUCCCGGAUGAUUUUCCCCGGUUCGUACAUCUUCUUCAACCUCAUCUACUGGUCCGUCUACUGCUGAGAGACCCUCCCGAGUCUGGCCCCGGGUCCACAGAGACUAACACACAGACAGCACGAAUGCUGCAGCAGAAAGGGACACAACUCGUGCUGUUGUCCUGUAUGUCUGCUUCUGCAAAGAGGCAGCACUGAGACUUUGGGAUUGAUGUUUUUGUUCUCCUCAUGCGGCAUUUUGAAUGUUCAUUAACGCUCUAAACAACAAAUAAUAAUCAUUUGAAUGCUGUUUUUAAACUACUGUUGCUAAUUCUCUCGGCCCUUUUCAGCUUCAUUCACUGCCAACUGCUGUUGAAAGCUUGUUGUCUUCAUUGCUGCGUUGUUUUUGUUUGUUUUUUUCCAAGAUGAUGGCAGCUUUGGUCGGAGACCCAGUGCAUUUUGGGAUUUGACUUGUUUGUAACAUAGAUGGGGAGAAGGUACGCUCUGCCUGCGUUUGUUCUUUGAGCUACUCAGCUGGGUCUGUGUAUUUACAUUUAUUUGUAAUGAUUGUCAAGCUGAGAUUCCCCAUGAUUAUUAGAAUGUCAAGCCCCUUAUCUAAUAGUCAUGAUUUAAUUAUAAGCAGAUGACGACUUUGUCUCUAUUAUGUCAUGAUAACACAUUUUGACCAUAUUCUUUAAGCCUGUUAUCGCAAAGAAAUUUUUCUUAUUAAGACCUGGGCGGUAUAUUGGAAUUUUUUUUUUACGAAAUAUGGCAUGAGACAGUAUCGUUUAUAUCGGUAUAGGCUAUGUCGACGAUGUUUUACUUCCGUGAUGAAUUCUGGAAACUCAGCCGGAUGUCCCUCAUGACGGCUGGAUUUCUGA